GGAAGUUUCGUAUCUUGUGUGUGUGUGGUGUAAAAAGUAACGGUAGCGAUCUCCACAAAAAAAUGAUGGACGCAUUAUCAGUAGUGACACAGCUGCGGGACUUGGCAUCAGAACCACAGAACCGGGAGGUGAUUGUUCAGGACCAGGGUUGCCUUCCAGGAUUAGUGCUGUUCAUGGACCACAAAGACCCUAAAGUGCUUUUUGCCACCCUUCAGGCUUUGCGUUACUUGGCUGAAUCGUCCCGUAACAUCAACACAAUGAAAAAUGAGCUUGGCAUGAUGGUCAGCCUGGAGUUACUGAUAAAGAGGACUGAUUUAACAACUGAUAUUACAGACCUAGCAACAGAGGUUUAUGAUUUGUUGAACGCUCAGUCACAGAAGCCGGGUUGUCAGACCCCAGAGCAACAGAAGAAGAAGAACAAACCUCAGUUCUUCAUCAACAGCACCAACAAGAAAGCCAAAUCAGUUACUCUCCACAUACAAGGCUUAGAUGGGGUGGAUCAGAGAGGUGUGUGUGAAGAGGCUCUUCUGAGGGUUAAAGGUGUAAUCAGCUUCACGUUUCAGAUGGCUCUGAAGAGAUGCACUGUACGCAUUCGUGCUGAUCUGCCUACUGAGAGUCUGGCCUCUGCCAUUGCUUCCACAAAAGUGCUUUCAGCUAAGCAGGUUGUGAAAGAUGAAAAUGGAGAAGAGGUCCUCAUUCCCCUCAGCACUUCUGGCUCAAAGGUAGAAGAAAACUCCAAUCUGCCGGAUUACCUGCCGGAGGAAGAGAGUCCAGAGAAAGAGCUGGACCGUGCGGUGUCUCGCACUGGCGCUAAACAAGACACCGGCGGAAGCUGGUUGAACACAGCCGCCAGUUUCCUCACUAAAACCUUCUACUGGUGAAGAUUGACUUUCACAGACUGCUUCUGUCUGAGCUUGGACCUCAACUUUUAAACGAAAACUGGCCUAAAAAAGCAACAAGCACCAACUAGCACUAAGGAAAGUCUAGUCAUUGAGUGACAUGCUUUUACAGGCUACAGAAUGUGUCCUUCAGCUUAUCAACCUGUGUUUGUCAAAUCUCAGCCACAUCACACUCUGUACUGAAAACUAUUCAUGUUGUACAUUUUUGUAUGUUAAUGAACAGAUCUUUCUUUUCCUCUCUUUCAGGAAUCAGAAAUAUUCUUCUGUUUCUGCUGUCAGAUUUGUGCUGUAUUCUCUUUCCAGCGGAUUUUCUGUAAAUAUUUCUAUUUUUAGUGUGUCUAUAAGGAGAACGUGUCGUCUAAAAAUGGAAACAACUGAACAAGAAAUUAAAUGCAUAUUUGAUGCUGUUUUGUGUUAAAAAAAAAAAAAA